AUGGACGGAAAAAGGAAACCCCUAGCAACUCUAAACAGCAGUAAUGUAUCGGAGCCACCAAAGAAAAAGCACGUAGUGCUAACGCUUCAACAGAAGCUGCAAGCGAUUCGGAGCGUUGAGAACGGAUCAACAAACCGGGAGACCAUUGAGAACACCGCCUAUAAAUACCAGGAGACCGGCGUGACGGAACGGCGCACGAUGAAAACAGCAAAGCUGGUUGCACUAGAGGAAGCUCUGUAUCUUUGGAUCUUACAGGAGCGUAGGAAGAAGCAUAUAUUAAUCCCGGAGAUAGUGCGAGCAAAAGCGGAACAAUUGUUUUCGAUGUUGCAGACUCGGAAUGUUUAUGAUUUGGAUGUUCAAUUUUCGUCGAGCAACGGAUGGUACGACAGAUUUAGGAAGCGGUACGGAUUGAAGAUGAUUGGUGUUGAAGGCGAACGUGCUUCUGCGAACGUUGAUGCUUUCGAACAGUUUAAAGUUAAUUUCAUUCAACAAAUUCAGGAGAAUCGUUACGAGAAAUGGGAAAUUUAUAAUGCUGAUGAAUCGGCAUUGUUCGUCAAGCUACUUCCUUCUCGCACAUUGGUCUUGAACGACGAAGACAUUGCCGAAGUUCAUUCCUCGGUACAGAAUUUUGCACAGCAGAACGGACGAGAACCUAGAGCGUUGUUACUCCUAGAUAAUUGUUCGGCGCACCACGAUGGUGGCAACAUUCUCGAAAGCAAUGACGGGAAAAUAAAAGUGAUUUUCCUUCCACCAAAUGUCACCUCACUCGGUCAGCCAAUGGAUCAAGGAGUACUCCAUGCGGUGAAGAAACGGUACAAGAAAAAACUCAUGCUUCAUUUGCUUCUUGAUGACACCGACUGCAGUAUCUUUGAAGAAAGGCUUAAGAAAAUCAGUCUGCGCCAAGUUAUUGACUGGUUACAUCAAUCAUGGGAUGAAAUCUCGCAUAAGACAAUUGAGGGUUCAUGGAAGAACCUUCUAGAUGAAUAUCCGCUCUUCGAUCUAGAAGAAGCUGAAAGUGGGUCGUUAGAUAAUGACGUAUUGUCUCUUGUGAAAGCUACAGCACAUUUCUACCAGGAGAAUCCUAGUAAUGAUGACAUAAAAGACUGGUUGAAUGACUCAGUAUGUGACAGCAAAGGGAACAAAAUCAUCGGUGAUUGUGAUGUGUACACUGACAACGAAAUUUUGGACAGCGUUCUACAUGAGAACAAAGCGGAACCCGAUGAGGAGUGGUUAGAAAAUUCGUCUAGUGAGCCGUUGCUUGUUAUUGAACCAUACGAAGAGGCAUAUGAGAACCACCAAAAAUCAAUAGAUUGCGUUGAUUUCCUGAUCGAUUUAAUGGAUCACAGACGAGAUGCAGCGGAAUCUAUUCAACUGCGGAAAUUGCGGAGCAAGCUAAUUGAAUCGGAGUGGCAACGUCGUCAACGUUAA